AAUCUCCAGGACCGCCCUCGUGCAAUAGACGGGAGGUACUAUAGUGAGACAGUAAUUUAGCCCAGUAGUAGUUCAGAGUGAGUGACUGGAAGAAACGUACCGACACAUAUAGCCAGCGCAAAUUCUAUUAGAAACAUUUUCUCUGACCGGUCAUUGAGGUUUUGAAUAUCCCUCUUCAAUCAACUGCGAAGACUGGACCAGUUGAUUUAUUUUUUCUAAUCUGUAAACUAAAAUUGGGCAUGACCAUGGGGGCCAGGCUGUGGGUGUAGCCACUGAGACAGCUGGGGGAGAGCGAGAGAGGAGGAAAGGCAAGUCAGCACCAGCCAAGCAGCCUGCACUCCUGCUGGGGAAGAUGGGGGAGACAGAGGAGGAGAAGGACCAGGCAGGGAAGCUGUUUGAGAAUUUCAUCCAAGCCUCCACCUGUAAGGGCACCCUGCAGUCCUUCAACCUCCUGUGCAGGCUGCUGGAUCUAGACCCUCAGGACCAUGAGACGUUCUACUGUAGUCUGAAGACCAGGCUCACCUCCUGGAGGGCCAAGGCCCUCUGGACCAAGCUGGACAAGAGAACCUGCCACAAGGAGUAUAAGAAGGGCCAGGCUUGUGUGGGCACCAAGUGCCUGAUCAUUGGGGGAGGUCCAUGUGGCUUGCGGACGGCCAUCGAGCUGGCUCUGCUGGGGGCCAAGGUGGUGGUGAUUGAGAAGAGGGACACCUUCUCCAGGAACAACGUGUUGCACCUGUGGCCCUACACCAUCCACGACCUCAAGGGCCUCGGGGCCAAGAAGUUCUACGGCAAAUUCUGCGCUGGAGCCAUAGACCACAUCAGUAUUCGUCAGCUCCAGCUCAUGCUGCUGAAGAUCGCCCUGCUCUUAGCUGUGGAAUUCCAUGUCAAUGUGGAGUUUGUCAAACUGCUGGAACCUCCAGAGAACCAGGAGAAUGACGGGCCUGGCUGGAGAGCUGAGAUCAGGCCUGCCGAUCACCCCGUGGCAAACAUUGACUUUGACGUGGUGGUGGGGGCUGAUGGGAGGAGAAAUACCCUGGAAGGGUUCAAGAGGAAGGAGUUCCGUGGUAAGCUGGCUAUCGCCAUCACGGCCAACUUUGUCAACAGGAACACCACGGCCGAGGCCAAGGUGGAGGAGAUCAGUGGUGUGGCCUUCAUCUUUAACCAGAAGUUCUUCCUGGACCUCAAAGAGGAGACAGGUAUUGACCUGGAGAACAUUGUGUACUACAAGGACAACACACACUACUUUGUCAUGACAGCAAAGAAGCAGAGCCUACUGGACAAGGGUGUCAUCAUUCAUGACUACAUAGACACAGAGAUGCUGCUGAGCAGUGAGAAUGUGAACCAGGAAGCUCUGCUGGGUUACGCCCGCGAAGCUGCUGACUUUGGCACCAACUACCAGCUUCCCACGCUGGACUUUGCCAUAAAUGCCUGUGGCCAGCCGGACGUGGCCAUGUUUGACUUUACCAGCAUGUAUGCCUCGGAGAACGCAGCGCUGGUCAGAGAACGCUUCGGACAUCAGCUACUGGUAGCACUGGUUGGGGACAGCUUGUUAGAGCCGUUCUGGCCAAUGGGUACAGGGUGUGCGAGAGGCUUCCUGGCUGCUUUUGACUCAGCCUGGAUGGUGAAAAGGUGGGCUGAGGGCAGGACCCCUCUGGAGGUGCUAGCUGAGAGGGAGAGUCUUUACAGAAUCCUGCCGCAGACAACCACUGAAAACAUUGGCAAAAACUUUGAGCAGUACACCAUUGACCCGGGGACUCGGUAUCCCAACCUCAUCUCCACCUGUGUCAGGCAAAACCAGGUGCGUCACCUGUACAUCAAUGGCGAGCUGCCAGUGAAGUCGUGCUCUCUGGAGCGUAAUGGUACAAUACGUCGCCCUGUGAACCUGGCCAGACGAGAGUCGGAGAUCAGGCCGGGCAGGCUGCUGACGUGGUGUCAGAAACAGACCGAGGGCUACAGGAACGUGAGCGUCACAGACCUGACCACCUCGUGGCAGAGCGGCCUGGCUCUCUGUGCCCUCAUCCACCGGUUCAGAUCCCACCUCAUAGAGUUUGAUUCGCUGAAUGAGGAGGAUUCGGCUAACAACCUCCAGCUGGCAUGUGACCUGGCUGAGCAGGAGUUUGGGAUCCGGCCCUUCACCACUGGGGUGGAGAUGGCUGCUGGUCAGGAACCAGACAAGACCAGAAUGGUCACCUACCUCUCCAAGUUUUACGAGCUGUUCCGUGGCACCCCCCUGCCCGUCUCAGAUUCUAGAGGGGCCGACGAAAACAGUGAAGACUAUCCUUCAAAGGCAGUCAGAAGUAUGAACAAAGUUCUGAACUUGGUACCAAGAAAAAGGGUACCAAAGGAUGAGAAGAAGCUAGAAGAUACUGACCCAACGUACAAAAGGAGACGAAAAGUCUGCAGUUAUUUGGAAGAGGCAACCAACUUCUCCAGUCAGAGUGCGUCCUGUGUGGGUGAGGGGAGGGGGGUUAAGGAGAACAAGGUCCGCUCCAUGGCCAGCCAACUCCUGUCCAAGUUUGAGGAGAGCAACCCCAGCUUCACCCUCCGGAGACAGUCUCAGUGUGAUUGGGGUUCUGAGAGGGCCUCUCGGCCACGCUCCAUGGACAUGACUGAGACCCCACGCUUCACCAACCUCAGGCAGCAGACCCCACUCAACCCUCCCCCCAAGACACAGUUUCCGUCUGCAACCUGUGCCAAAUUUGCAGCUGAGUGCAUCGCUCGGCCCCCACCACAGCCUCCUCCCAAACCCAAGCUCUCUCCCCAGCUCCAAGCCCAGCUUCAGUCUCAGCACCAGCCCCAACCCCAGUUCCAGCCCCAACCUAAGCUCCAACCCCCAUCCAUCCCAAAUCCCACCCUCAGGAAGGUCAGACAGGCUGAUCAGACAUGUGCUCAGACGCAACCUCAGACGCUUCCUCAAAAGCCAGAGAGCAUAGAGUACCCUGGCUACUCUUCCUCCUGCCACUCUGCGGUCCUAGCCAUGUCUAGAAUGCUCCAACGCCUUCAGGAGGUGGAGGAAAAGAUCACCCAGAAGAAAGCUCAGACCCAGAAUGCUAGAGAGUUUCAUAAUAAAAGUAUCAAGGAGAAAGCGGUCCACCUGAGAGCACUGUUCUCUGGGGAUGUGACCUCUACGUCCCAGGCCAUUCCCUCAGAGUCUGAUCCCAUCCUCCCUAACCCCAGUCCAGAAGUCACCUCAUUAUACCUUUACCCAGAAAUCACCCUUUCUGCCUUCUCACCUCCAAAUCCCUAUUCCUCAUUCUCAUCCUGUCUGCCCCAACCUCAGUCUGGAUCUGCUAGACAGAGUCAGACCAUUCCCUCACCUCACAUCCUCCCUGCUCCCCAUCCUAAAAUCUCUUCAUCAGUACUUUGUCCAGAAAUCACCCUUUCUACAUUUUCACCUCCUCAUACAUAUUCUCCAUCUUCCUCCUCUUCCUGUCUACUUCAACAUCAGACCAGUCAAUCUGGGGCACUAGAUAUGCAGCUUUGUAAGAAGGAAAUGCAAAGAGAUCCCUUGAAUGAGUCACAUGUGUGUCACAGCAGUGGCUCCACAUAUAUAUCUCAACAACAACGCACUGCAAUACUACAACCAAAGCGAGAACCUGGUUUUAAUAACGUCAAACAGAGGACGGUGGGGAAGGUGUCUCUGGCUAUAGCAGCCAGGGCUGAGACGCUGGUCACCCUCUAUGAGACUGACCACAGGCCUAAAGCCUCCUCCCCCUGUUCACCCCCAGCCUCUGCGCCUCUGUCUCCGGGUUCCUUGCGGAGGGAGUUCCCCGGGUCUGGUGACCAGUGUCACUCCUGUCAGAAGCGUGUGUACGUGGUGGAAAGGAUCAGUGCUGAGGGACUUUAUUUCCACAGGGAGUGCUUUCGCUGUGACACCUGUGGCUCCAUCCUGCGCCAGGGAGGCCAUGCCUUCGACUCUGAGCAGGGCAAGUUGUACUGCAAGCUGCACUUCACACAACGUAAAAAUGGAAUGAACCAUCGGAGGACAUUCAAUUCACAUCUGGGAGCCGGGGUUCAGAAGGGAUCAGAGACACAGACUCCUGAUUGUGACACAACAGAAGGACGGCAGAGCCAGUCACCAGGUACCAUCAGCUCCCGCCUGAGGAAGUGCCUGAGCUGGCCCCUGAGUGUGACCCGGGCUGUGUGUGACUCCCCCCGCCUCCUGUCUCGCUGGGUGCAUGGUACAGCCCAGGCUGUGGGCCUCCACUUUAGAGCCAAUGUGGAGGACUAUGUCUUCCUGUAUGAGCUGCUGAGCCUGGGAGUGCCCCUGCUGUUCAUGCUCCAGGAGGUGCUGCUGCAGAUGUACUCUGAAACCGGGCCUAUCUCCCAGUCCAUCCAGCCCCUACUGCUGUGGCUGGAGGAACACCUAGGCCAUAGGCUCAUGUAGAGGCCCACCAGGGAGGAAAGCCUAAUCCUAACCCUAACCCUAUCCCUAUCCCUAUCCCUAUCCCUAACCUUCAUGCAAUAGGGUCUGAAGCCUGGCCGAACAUUAACUGGCGUAUCUUGCAUUUGUGCCAUGUCAUAUGAUGGCAAGCUACCGUUUGACCAUGUGUACAAGCACCUUGUUAAUAUUUUCUCACAGAAUAUGUAGCUGUCAGUGCAUUAGAUCUAAUCCUACACCAACCAAAGAACAAAUAACAUUUUCCAAGUGGUAGCUUGGUUUGUGAUACGUGCGAUGUUUUCAUGAACAUGACAUUUUUCUUUAUGAUGAGGGGUAAUGUUCUGUACAUGGUUUCAUGGUGGUCUAAAUCAUUUAUGGUAUGUGGUUGAUAUGACUGCUGAAAUCAUCCAAUCUAUAUUGCUCUAGAGUUGAGUCUUUCAACAACUGGCUGUCAAAGUCGAGCCAGUUUUUACAUGGCUUAACUCAGGUUAUGACAGAUUUGUUUGUGUGGAAAAAGUAAUCUAAAUGAAAAGACUGACUUGAAGCACUUUAACUUGGGGAGCUGCCUUGAUCUGUGGCUGAUGCCUGAUGAAUGGUGUGGGAGUUAAUGGCUGCCUAAUGGCUGUCCAGGCCUUGGAUAAUGACUAGUGCUGACGCUGCACGUUUACUAAACCCUGCUGAACUCACAGGUCGGGGUCUGGGUCGGGGGCCAACGUGGAUCUGUGCUCGACAAGGUUUUCUCAUCUUUUUUUCAAUUUCAAUAUUGUUUGACACGAAUUAAAAUGUUUAUGUUUUUAUUGUAAGAUCUCGUAUGACACCGUGACCAUAGUGUACUUUCGCUACACAUUAUGAUAACUUUUAUUGCUUUAUUUUAUGGCCCAGUGCCUCCAGUAUUUUUGUGCAUUGUCUGUUGUACUUAAAAAGGGGAAAAGGUUUCAUGAACAUGGGCUUUGGUUUACUACUCCAGUUCAUGGACUGUUUAAUGCUUACUCAUUGCUGCCACCUGUUGGUGAAACAGAUGCAAGGCCAAAUUCUAUUUACUGUAUGAUCAGGUGGAAUAAGAGACAAUCUUCUAAAGAGUUGUUGUAUGCUUGUAAUAGAGGAGGUUCUUCUUCAUUUUUAUUAUUUGUACAGGUCUAUUUCACAUCAAUAUGUUUUUCAGAAUGUUAAGAAUAUUGCUGAAUUGAAUUGUUCAGAAGGACUGAAUCAGACAUGAUAACACAGGCUAUGUUUGAAUGCUGUGGUGUGUAUGUGCUUGCCACUCAUCUCACUGUUAAUAACCAUGUUAAGUAUGAUAGCAGGAUCUCAGCUUUAUUACCAAUACAAAUUCCAAAGAUGCAGUUGGUGCACUUUAAAAAUGAGAAGUGUUUUCAGCCCUAACCAGAAGUUACAUCAUUCAUGCAGUACACUGUACAGUGCUAAAUUGCAUGUUGUUGAAUAGCACAAUCUCAUGUUAUCUAACAAUUACAAAGUUUCUAUGCAUUUGAACUGGAUUUGAUCCUUCCUCUGAUUUUUCUCUAUAUUCUAACCUACUAUAUUUCCUUCCUUUCAUUUCUAUUCUUGUUCACUUGGAAGUCUAUUUUCAACUUUCUGAUGAUGGGUCUCCUGAUUGGUUAGGAGACAUGCCAUUCUGAAGGUGAUCACCUGCAUGGUCACAUGGUUUUGUGAACAAUAUUUUGGAGUGGAUGCUUUGUUAGAUUAGUCCAAUUACUGUCAGCAUUUCCACACACAAGUAAAAAAUGCUUCUAAUCCCUGUGUUUGAGCUACCGACAGCAGUUUUUAGCAUAGGAUUUUUCUAUUUCGUCUGCAUCCGCCGAUAUUAGAUCCCAAAAACGAUUCUUCUCACAGAAAUGUCUAAUCUACAAACUAUUAUGAUCGUACCCCGAAAGGCUGAGAAUCUCACAAACACGUAAAUGUAAUCUGGUCUGCUCUAUGACGCUCAUAAGCCAAUCAAGAGUUGUUAGGAGGUAAGAGGUUCUUCUUAGUAGAUCAUAGGAAAUCUCAGGACAUAGUGUCUAUAAACUCACAUAGUUGCUGUCACAAACUCCAUACUCCACACAGUUGUCACUGACUAGUUGGAUAUUAAUUUCCCACUAAGCAAACCAUUUUUGAAUUUACAAUUGUAAUUAUUAUAUACUCAUUUUUAAUCAGCCUUUUUUGGGGCUGGGCCUUGUUUUUUUUAUAGACAUUUGUCAAUAAAACUCAUGAAUGCAACUGUUUAUGUCAAAUGUUAUGUUCUACUUGUAGCCCUGGUUGUCCUGAAAAUAAAAUGGUAAAACACGUCAAUGUGAGGCUAAAUAUGUGGGAUUCCCUGGAACCUAUGAAGUUAUUAAACUACUAAUGUCUGUGUCCUGCACCCCCAGCAGAACCAUAACUACAGCACACACUUGUUAUAGGUUGAAACGCAUCAUAAUACCAUGAUGUUCAAAGUCACACCUUCUAAGAGACUGUCUUUUCAGUGUCUGCAUGCAUAACAAGGAAACUGUGGUGUUCGGACUACAUUGGUCUUCCCGAGUGCAUGUUGAACGAUUGACAGACAGCUUUCUGUCAUGUAAAGGCUUUUUCUCCCAUCUUUUGCCAUCUUUCUUUCUCUCUUCCAGACGCUGUCACCCAGGAUAACUUUUUCUUGACCCACACAAACAAAGGGAAUGAAUCUCCCAACAGGUUCAUAGCUCAUGUUGUCUUAAAUGAAUACAUGGAACAAUGUUUUAUGGGACUUCAAAUGCAGCCUGCUUUUCUCAUGGAGAUUCUGUGUUGCUUUAUGUAUGGCCUAAAGCAACAAAUGUAAAUAAAGUGAUUUGUCAUCUUGA